AUGUCCCACAAAGAAUUCGACCCCGUAAGCUUUGCCAAGGACCUCCUGGUAGGAGGGGUGUCUGCCGGUAUCUCGAAGACGGCCGUGGCGCCUAUCGAACGUGUCAAGUUACUGCUCCAAGUCCAACAUGUGUCCAAGCAGAUUUCAGUCGACCAGCGGUACAAGGGAAUCAUCGACUGCUUCGUGCGCGUCCCAAAGGAACAAGGCUUCGCCUCCCUGUGGAGGGGCAACCUGGCCAAUGUCAUCAGGUACUUCCCCACCCAGGCUCUUAACUUCGCCUUCAAAGACCAGUACAAGGAGAUGUUCUUGGGAGGUGUGGACAAAAAGACGCAGUUCUGGAUGUAUUUCGCGGGGAAUCUUGCCUCUGGUGGAAUGGCAGGCGCGACAUCGCUCUGCUUUGUGUACCCGCUGGACUUCGCCAGAACUCGACUCGCCGCAGACAUCGGAAAGACUGGAACUGACCAGCGCGAGUUCAGAGGACUCGGACAUUGCCUGACCUCUAUCGCCAAAAGCGACGGCAUCACUGGUCUCUACCGUGGAUUCGGCGUCUCCGUCCAAGGCAUCAUCAUCUACAGGGCAGCGUACUUCGGAGGUUUCGAUACAGCGAAGGGCCUACUUAUCUCCGACCCAAAGAACGCUAACUUUUUCGUGGCGUGGAUGAUCGCCCAGGUUGUGACAACGGGUGCUGGUGUCUUGUCCUACCCCUUCGAUACUGUUCGAAGGCGAAUGAUGAUGCAGAGCGGUCGCAAGGACAUUCUGUACAAGAGCACCCUUGACUGCUGGAGAAAGAUCCUCAAGCAGGAGGGAGGCUCCGCGUUCUUCAAGGGCGCCUUCUCAAACGUCUUGCGUGGGACUGGUGGUGCCCUGGUCCUGGCUAUGUACGAUGAAAUCAAAAAGUACAUCUAA